AUGAACGUGUUCGGGAUAAUCGCGGUAUUAACGACAUUAACCAUUAGGCAUGUCGCUUCAACAUGUCUUACGUUUGUGCCUGUCGACAUUUCAGUAGAGAAAUCUCAGGCUUACACACGACACAAUGAGUCUGAAAACAGUUACUCUAUAAGUGUAUUUUACGGCAAAUGUAUCGGCAAUGUUCUUAACGGUAUGACCGUCAUCUCGUAUACGCCGGAAGGCGAUGUCAGCUCAAGGAAUGUAAUGGUUCACAGAUUCGAGAAACGAGAUGUUGCACCGGGAUCGAUAGAACCUGCAGUUGAUGAAUCUGGGCAGUUUGAAGUGAUUGAAAUUGAAACCGUGCAUAACGAAAUACCCAUGAGACAGAGAUUAGUAUUGAGCAAAGAUGGAACGUAUAGUGAUUUUCAAUAUGCGUUUGUGGAACUGGAUAUAUGCGGUGAUAGCUUCGACGACUUCACCCACGAAGUUGCACAAACGCAGACAUCCGCCACAGCCGAAUUGCUCCGUCCGAAAUCAUACCAACGUAUAGGAACGGUCAAAUGCGGUGAUCGCGUGUUAUUAGAGGCUGAUGACGCCAUUUUCACGAGAUACGCAAUGAGGAACAAUAACGCCUGGGAGAUAAUUACGACGCCCUAUGUUGGACGCAAAUUUCAAACCACAUUUUUACCUGUAGCAUGGGAUGAUUGCAGUUAUAGGAUUGCUGACCCUGGCUCAACCUAUGUCGAUCUUUCACUUGAUUAUGAAGCCGAAUAUGGCGAUGUGUUAGUGGACUGUGGAGAAAACUGUAUCUUUUUCGAUGGUUGCACUAACCCAGAACGCAGAGUUGUAGAUGUACUGGACCGUAAUGGUGUUAUAUAUAUGGGUGUGAACACACGCUGCAUAAAUUUGAAGCUGCAAACUUUCGGACAAGACAAAUACCUCACCAUUUUCGCAAAGCUUAUCAACGGCAUGUUCGAAGCAAAGAGACUGGUGUCUACUAACGGGAGGACCUAUGUACCAUACAAACCGCAAAUUAUAAACCUCGAAUUGACAGAUGACCAUGUUGAUGAGCAUAUCAAUGUAGCUGUUGAAGGCAACACGAAAACAUACACUAUACCAACACCAGACAACCUUAAAUACUCCAUCGGUGCUGUGACAUACAACAAGCAUGUUUUGGCUGGCCGUGCAUUUAUCGAUACACCUGAUAAUGUACCAUAUAUCGUGUUGUCAAGGAAAGUUACAGUCAAUGACGGUAUGACAACAAUUUACACCGAGAAGGAUAAUGCAGAGCCAACCGUGUUUACCUAUGUGACUAGCAAGGAUAUGGUCACUUUGUAUACACCAAAAUCGCUAGAUUUUGAUUUGGCAGAGAUACACAAAAAUAAUAGCGCCUUCAAAGUUACACGUGUGGAAGAUGACAGGUACCACGUAAUAACCAAAGACCCUCACAUGAAGAUUGGUACUGUCAAAUACAAAAACCAAGUUGUGCACCGUAACCAAUAUGGUGUUGUAUCGUCUCAACUGAUUUACAGGUUUGGAGAGUUGUCAGUGAUUUCCGAACUAAGCGAAUCACAAGUGUUCUAUAAUAGGUACAUUAUGACCAAGGGUUUCGUUGCUGACGACAUUGUCAUGUUUGUAGAACAAUACAAGGACCCUGUGACUUUACAUUUGGAGCUUCUGUACACAGGUAAUUUACCACAAUACUUCUGUGUAGAGCCUUUUGGUGCAUUCGUGAAGGUCUACCUGUGCAAGCAUUUAUUUGGCCACACUCUAGGUUCCGUCAUGUUUAACAAAGGCACAGUUGUGCCACACAACAGGUACUACAAGACAAGGGAAGUUUAUGUUUCAUGGGACUUUUUCCUCUCGAGUUUGGUUGUGAAGUCAUACACGGAGAAUGGCGAUGUUGUGGUUGAGUCCUUCAACCACCGUAUUAAAGACCGUGGAAUUCAUUUUGCACAGCAUACCAAGAAGGCUGUAACUGUUGACUUAUCACCGAAAGUGAACUUAGAUCGUGCUGUUACGAGGCUUCAGGAUGGUAAUGUAUACCACUACAGUAUCAAGACCGAGUAUGCCAAGGAAUACCGUAUCGGAGACAUUAAAAACCAAGGUAUCCAUGUGACGUCGGAUAAUGCCCUUAAUAUCAGCCGAUCUGUGACCGUUACUGUCGACAGGCAUGCAAACCCAAGCAAGAGCGUCACAUUGCGUAUUGCAGACAUCACUCUGUCCGGACCUCGUGCGAGAUUACUCACGGGUGAUACUGAUCUUCAUCUUACUUAUGAAGCUCCUAAGAAGCCAUUGACGGUUGAUGUUACUUUUAGGGGUAAACGGGACGAACCUGUCUCAAUUGGAUACUCCCAUGACACCAUUUCUUUCUAUGUGCCCUGGACCCAUGCGUGCGAAUACAAGCUCGCAAAAGUUGUCGCCACUGAUGCCAACAAAAAGGUUAGCGUGUUGUUCGGUGAGCUCGGACUACAAGAGAUGCCUGAAGUUAGACUUCGUAAGGUAGGGGAAGAGUCUAAGGCUCUCAUCUCUAUCACUCCAAAGGUCGGGAAACCUGUAUAUGGAGACGUCAAAUGUGAUGCUAAUGGCUCAAUUAGCGUCUCCAAAAUAGAAUCCAACAAUUCUGAUGUUAUGUACACCUCACACUAUGGUGAAUUGUGA